AUGAACUUCUACCAGGAGGCCGCCCAGUUUCUGGAGCCGUCCAAGAAGGGCUCGCUACAGAACCGAAUAUUUGCUCAGUCCAAGCUGCUCGGCAAAACGCGACUCAGAGCCGACCCCAAACAUGUGUUUGCCGUGGUCUUCUCGGCCCUCAAAUACAGACCCUUUCUGGUGGACAUCAUCAAGGCUGCGGAAAUCCCCAUUUCCGACAAGCCUGGAAAAACCAAAAUCACCAUGAACAUGGCCAUUCUUAUGGCCCACGACCUGCUCUGCUCCCGGUCCAAGCGUCUGACCAUCUCCAAGGGUCCUCUCAAAGACAUGUUUCUGGCCCACCAGACCCGUCUCAAGUCCGAGCUGACCAAAUUCAAGCUGAAACACAAGGUCUCGGACCUCGACGAGCUCGUGGAGGAAGACUCGACGCCCAUUCGAUGGAUAAGAAUCAACACAGUGCUCAGUAACGAGGAAGAGUUUCACAAGACGCCUUUGAUCGCGAGACUCAAGCCUAUCGACAAGAUCGAGGGCGGCACAAUUCAGCCCGGACAGAUAUACAAGGACAUUCACGUGCCCCAUCUUUACGGAAUUCACCCCAGAGAGAAACUGGCUAAUUGCGAGCUAUAUAAGCAGGGCAAGAUCAUCAUUCAAGAUCGAGCCUCUUGCUUUCCCGCUACCAUUCUCAACCCCCAGCCUGGCCAGAAGCUCAUUGAUUGCUGCUCUGCACCCGGAAACAAAACCACACACCUGGCCUCUUUCGUGGCUGGUACCCCUGGCUCUAUUGAUGCGUUUGAAAAAGACGCCAUUCGAGCAAAGCUUCUUACCAAGAUGGUCAAGACCGCGGGUUGUCACAACUGCAUCAAGGUGAACGUGGGAGACUUCACCGACACCAACCCCGACGACUACCCCGAAGUGGAGGGUAUUCUCGUGGACCCAUCGUGUUCGGGAUCAGGUAUUUUUGGACGAAAGCACGAGGACGACGCUGCCGCGGCGGAGGAAACCAACAGAGACGACCAGAAGGAUCAGUUCCGACUCCACAAGCUGUCCGAGUUUCAGUACCGAAUCGUCAAGCAUGCCCUGCUGUUUGGAUCUGCCAAGAAGGUGGUCUAUUCUACCUGCUCCAUUCACAACAUUGAAAACGAGGAAGUGGUUCAGAAACUGCUUCUGGACUCGCAGGUUGCUGCUGAGGGAUGGCAGCUGGCCCCCAAGUUGCGUGUUCUUCCUCUAUGGACGCGACGAGGAGACCCCAACGGCUUUUCAGACUUUCCUGAGAAUCAGAGAGCUGCUCUGGCUGAGGGAGUCGUUCGAGCUCUACCCAAGGUCGACGGAGGCAUUGGCUUCUUUGCUGCCUGCUUCGAGAAGCGGGAUAUUGGUGAAAUUGGACACAGAGUCCCUAAGGUGUCUGAGGUUGAGAGCGCCCAGGAAACCUCUUCCGAUGACCACAGUGAAGACGCCGAACAGGAAGACCAAGACCAAGACCAAGACGAGGAGGAGGUUGAGUCUGAGGAAGAGUGGACUGGUUUCUCUGAUUAA